CAUCAACAUGCUGUCUGUAAACAGUCAACAUGACACAUCUUAAAUUCAUAACAUAACCUCAUUUAUUUGUGAUUUUUGAGAGGCCGAGUAUAUCUAACGGGAUCUUAAAAAUUAGUCAACAUUUCAGAACUUUUCGUAGCUGCUCCAACGUAAAUAUCUCAUACCGCAGUAGUAGCUAGAUUGAUACACGAAAACUGUAGAAAAGUAUUUCAACUUAUCGAAAUAUAAUAACCUUCUGUCUAACCAAUAUUUAUGCCACCGAUAGAUAAAACUCCACCGUCAAAUAUGGUCGGUUUUGAGUUACUCUACUCCUUACAGGCCUUUGAUAGGAUCCCGGUAUCCGAAUAUAUCUCCAAAAAGACUGGCCUGACUGUGGUUAUUGCUGAAGUUGAAGGACCUGUUGUCAAUGGGUAUUUCUGUUUAGCUACUGAAGCUUUUGAUGAUGAUGGCUUACCCCAUACUUUGGAGCACCUUAUUUUUCUGGGCAGCGAGAAAUAUCCUUACAAGGGUGUCCUGGAUCUACUGGCCAACAGAUGCCUUGCUUCUGGAACAAAUGCUUGGACUGAUAUUGAUCACACAUGCUAUACAAUGGAAACAGCAGGAAGUGAGGGGUUUCUAGCCCUUAUGCCAAUAUUCCUAGAGCAUAUCCUGUAUCCAGUUCUCACUGAAGAAGGAUUUAUAACAGAAGUCUACCAUGUCACAGAAGAAGGCAAAGAUGCAGGAGUUGUAUUCUGUGAGAUGCAAGGCAGGGAAAAUUCUGCAGAGUCCAGGAUGCAUUUGGAAUUGGCUAGACAGAUUUAUCCAGGGAAGUGUGGUUAUUCGUCAGAGACUGGAGGCAGAACACAGAACCUUAGGGAGACCACCAACAACACCAAAGUGAGAGAGUUCCACAAGAAGUUCUACAGACCAGAAAACUUGAAACUGAUCAUUACAGGUCAAAUCAAGCAUGCAGAUGUAUUCAAGGCAUUAGAAAAAUUGGAAGAAAAAAUUAUAUCAAAGGGUCCCCGUGAGCCUUUUGACAGGCCCUGGCAAAGCCCUGUUCCUCCUAUAGAAGGAGACUCCAAGGAACUGAUAAUCAAAUAUCCAAAUGACGAAGAAAAUCAUGGGCUUUAUGCCAUGGCUUGGCGGGGUCCUUCUUGCGUCAAAGACCUCUACUCUGUCACUGCUACAAUCUUGUUGCUUAAAUAUCUCACAGAGUAUUCUGUUUCACCAUUACCUAAGGAGUUUGUUGAAAUUGAAGAUCCUUAUGCUAGUAAGGUAUCCUACAACAUCAGCGAGAACUCUGAAACCUGCAUUUAUCUUCUUUUCGACGACGUCCCAGUCGGUAAAUUGCCCGAAAUCGGCCCUAAACUCAGAACCGUGCUUAAGAAAAUUUUAGACGAGGGCGAUAUAGACAUGGAACGUUUGUACAGCAUCAUCAAUAGAUAUACAUUGGAGAAUUUAAGCAAUCUGGAGAACAGUCCUCAUCACACUGUGGCGUUCAUGAUCAUUGGUCAUAUGCUGUAUGGAAAUACAAAGGACGAUCUUGAGCAAAGAGUAAAUCCUUUAACUGACUUAACUAAGCUACAGAAAGAGCCAAAAGAAUACUGGCUUGGAAUUUUGAGGAAAUACAUGGUAGAGAAUAAGUAUAUAGCUACGCAAAUGGUGCCAAGCAAGGAGGAACAACAAAAGCUUGCAAAAGAAGAAAAGGAAAGGGUUGAAAAGCGGAUAAAAGAACUAGGCGAAGAAGGUUUGAAGAAGCAAGGUGAAAUUCUGUGUAACGCUAUCGAGUUUAACGAAAGACCACCACCUCCCGAAAUGUUAACAUCUGUACCAAUACCUAGCAUUGAAUCCAUAAAAUUUCACAAUAUUUCGAGGUUCAGCAGCGCUGAGAAAAAUGAAAGAAUCAAUUUAAGUGAUACUCCCAUUUUUACAUAUUUUGAUCAUCUCAAGACCAACUUUGUGUAUAUGUUUGCUCUUUUGGACACAAGUUCAGUUCCCGAUGAACUCCGCAGUUACAUGCCUUUGAUGCUAGAGUCACUUUUGGAACUUCCUUUAGAAAGAGAUGGCAAGAACAUUCCAUACGAAGAGGUUGUGGCACAAUUGAAUGACGAUACUGUGAGUAGUUCAACUUCAAUAGGCGUUGGAUCCUAUGAGUCGUUCAGUUGUGGCAGUUACAGUAACACUGCUACCAUGGUGCUACAGGUGGAGAGUAGUAAAUACGAAAAAGGCCUAUCGUGGCUGAAAGAGUUAUUAUACAAAACAGUAUUCACGGUAGAAAGACUGAAGGUAAUUGCCAUGAAAAUGAACAACUCUGUAUCUCAAGUCAAGAGAUGCGGUAGAAGUGUUGUUGCCUAUGCGAUGCGAGGCCUGAGAUAUUCAGAAGAUAGUAAUGUGAUGAAGAACGGCAUCAUCCACCAGAAUAAAUUUUUAACAGAAAUCAUUGAGAAACUUGAUUCAGAAGCCGGUGGUAAAGAAAUUUUAGAGAAAAUGGAAACUCUGAGAAGGAUCAUCACUGAUCCGGCAAACUUCGUCUUGUAUCUAGCUGGAAAUUUAGAUUAUUUAAAUGAACCCGGCAAUGCCAUCAAAAAUAUUUUACCAAGUGAAGUCAUCGUGUCUAAGAAAAUACAAAGGCUCAACGUAACUGCAGAUUAUAAGUUGCUGAAGCAAGACAGUCCUUUGGAUGGAUGCAUCAUAGGCAUGGGUUGCUUGGAAUCUUCAUAUUUUUACCAAACAAUCAACAGCAUAACAUCAUAUACAGAUCCAGAUUUUCCAGCAUUGAUGCUGUACCUCCAGUAUAUCAUACAAGCUGAGGGUCCCAUGUGGAAACAGAUCCGCGGCAAAGGAUACAGCUACCACUACCGCAUGUCAACAAAGGUAAAUGAAGGGUUGCUGUACCUGAUCUACGGUAGGGCUACAAACGUGGUGGGUGCGUACAAGGAGACCAAGGACAUCAUCCAGGAACGGUUAGAGAGCAGGCAGUGGGAUGGGACCUUGUUGGAUAGCGCCCGCUCUAGCAUCAUUUUCAAAAUAAUUGAUGAAGAGAAAACUAUCGGCAGCGUCGUGUCCCUCUCUGUCAUCUCGUACUUCCAGGGGGUCGAUUACCAGUAUAACAGGAAGUUCCUGGAACUGACAAAUAAAGUGACAGUUGAUGACUUAAACAGAGUGGGAGAAAAAUACAUUGCGCCAUUGUUUGCUGCGAAAGACGUAAAAACAGCUGUUGUUGCGGAUCCAUCUAAAAUUGAAGAGAUUGCCAGCGGAUUUAAAAAGUUAGAUUUGAAUCUAACGGUGUAUCCAUCACUGGAAGACAGCUUCUUGAACAAGAUUUGAAUAGUAUUUUACAUUGUGGUUGUGAUUUGAAAACCUCAGCACAAUGGUCAUAUGAAAUCUUAUACAAUGUAACAUUGAGAUUAUUGCUUUUUAAUAUAAAAUUGUUUUUUCUGA